AUGAGAUUUCUACUAUACCGACAUUUUCCGUUAUCCGUUACGUUCAGCAAUCAGUUCAAAUAAAAUAAAAAUAAACGUCAAAAAGAAAAUCAAAUUUAUAAGUUAUUUAAUUUUAAAGUGUAAAAUUAUACAACACGAUGUUUUUUCAGAUAUCACCAGUCAGAAGAGAAAAGAAACCCAAACCUACAGUCAAGGAAAAAUCUCCAGAAAAAAUAGAAAUUCUCUCUUUAGGACCUUUCACAGUAGCUCCAAAGUUAUUUUUUGAUGAAGUAAAAAUUGGAGAACCAGCAACAUGCAAAUUAUUAUUAAGAAAUCCAACUAAACAGGAUAUGAGUAUUUUCUUAACAAAAAAAGUACCAUUAGAGCUAAAUGUUAGAUAUAAUUGGGAGAGUGCAACAAUUCACAGCUUUUCGGAGGUUAUGUUUGAAAUAACAUGGACUCCUAUGGAGAAGGAAGCAUCCUACCAUAAAAUUUCUUUUGAAAAUAAUACAAGAACAGUCCACAGAGAUGUGCCUAUUGUUUUUAAAACAGCUUCACCUUCUAAGGCAAAACCCGGAAAGAAAACGAAACUCAGAAAAUCACCAACAAAAAAAUAUUAUCCAAUAAAACCGCCGUACAUAUCCCCAAAGCGCUUUUCACCAUCACCGAAGAAAAGAUCGCAGUACAAAAAGUCACCCUCACCGAAAAAAACUUUCAAACCCCAAGUAUUUACUUCCUAUCAACACGAACAUAUUACCCAACAUGAACAUGUUAUCCACGCCGAACCAAUUAAGUACUACACUUCCAAAGGUAAGGAGAAUGUACAUACUGCAUAUCUAUCCGAGAGAGUCACUACUGAAAGCUUUAUAUCUGCAGAGAAAGUAAAUUUCGUGGAAUAUUCCAAGAAAAUCGCAAAUGGGGGUGAGAGAAGAGGCACGUUUGUCCUUAAACGAGAAAACUCUGAGAUUUUCAACGAUAGUUUGGAAAUGAACAAUGAAAAUGAAUGUCCCAAUGGUAAUACACAAAUACGACCUCCCCUAACAUCCUACAACGGGGAUAUCUUAACUCCAGACGUAUCAUUAGGUACUUACUUCAAACAAAAGUCCUCCAUGCCAGACUCGCCCAAAUAUGACUUCGAGUACAAGCUGACGCAGCUGCAAUCAUUUUGUUUCACACCAACAAAAACACCUGUAACAACCAAACGAAAAACGAGAUUUCAAACAGAUUUUGAAAGCACAGUUAAAAUGACCAAAGAGAACACUUUUGACAUUCCAGAUCUUCCUCCAAAUUUAAAUUUAAGCUCAGAAACUUACACAAAAUCAAGAUUAAGUUCGGAGACAUACGUGAAAGAUAACACCAGUUUUGAAACUUACGUUAAAGGUAACUUGAGCGGAGAGACAUAUACAAAAGAUAAUUCAUUAGGUAAUUGUGAAAAUUUAAGUCCUUUGUCUACGAAGGUGUCACCGAUACGCCAAAAGAGGUUUAGCCCUGAGCCUUGUAGGACACCGAGUUUAGCGUCUUAUUUACAGGACGUGAAUAACGUGAAGAAUAAAAAUUUUUCUCACAUUCAAAGAUCAACGAUCGACGAUUCGUUGAACGCUAGCAGUUUUAGUUCAAGACUUGAUUAUGACUCAACCUUAAAAGCAAAUCAGUUUAAUUUUACAAAACCGGUACUAAGCGAUGUCACUUUGAAUUUCACUACCAAUAGUCAAUUUGAAGGGAAUAUUACGAAUGAUUUCAAUUUUGCAAAGCCGAAUAACUUCACUUUUUCAACACCCGAAGUAGCCGUUAACAGACAUAUUAAUUUUCAAAGAAAUGACCCUUAUAGUAGACCAGAUAUCAGCCAGACCAGUUUUAUCAUGUCAGAUCGUCCACUCAGCUCUAUUCAAGAAGAAUCAUUUGACGUGAGUCAUUCUACCACUCGAAAAAAAUGUGACUUAGACUUAACAGCAAACUUUGCCAAACCUGGCGGUGGUCUGACAGGACCACAGAAUUGGUCUAGAAAAGGAGGAGCUGCACUUAGAGUAGCAAAGAAUACCUCCGGUCUCAAUUUGAAAAAGUUUAUGAUCAACAAAUCUGAAGACGGGCGCAAAGAGAAGAGAAAAGAAGAAGCGAUUUCUGAGAUCAGUAGAAGAGAUACUAAUACAGUAAUCAUACAGAAUCCGUUUUUGCUAGCUGCUACUAAUAUGGUUGAUCCGUUUAUAACGCCGCAUCUCUUCGUAGACGAAAGUUGGAUUGACGAACAAGAGCUUUAUUUCAAAAAAUGGUUGAAUUCGCUGUUAACACCUCCUCAAGAACUGUAUUCCGAAGAUAAAAUCAUAGAUGUAGCUAAAGUGUGGCAAGAGUGUAAGAAGAGAGAAGUAGAGGCAGCUCCUACUAAAGAAGAAAUCUCUAACAAGUAUCACGUAAAUGCAAAAUUGAAUAGUUUGAGAAAAUCCGCUCAAACUUUGUACAGAUCCAAGGAAAUUACUAAUGUUCUAUCUAAAGUUUUAGCUGCUGUAGAUAACGGCAAGGUGAGCAUUCGACAAGAUAAAGAUGUUCAUCUUAAUCUCUCUAUAAAGUCUGAUGUAAUGUCUCAUUUGUUGAGUUAUAAUCCUUUAUGGCUCAGAAUUGGCUUGGAAACUAUUUAUAACGAAAUAAUUCCAUUACAUUCUAAUUCAGACAUCGUCGGACUGAGCACCUUUUUGAUCAAUAGGUUAUUCAAAAAUCCCAUGUUGAUAAAGAAAUAUAAGUCUGUUCACGCUGCAAAAUAUAUACUGGACUUCAACAAAUUUUUCUUAAAGAAAUUUUUAAUUCUAGUAUAUUUCCUAGAUCAAGCUAAAACGAAAAAGUUAAUACCUCAUAAUCCUUGUUUAUUUUGUUCCACAGGCAAAGUAAAAGAAAGCAAGGAACUGUUGCUUAUGUUAGCUAGAGAGUUACUAUCAGCAGUCGGUGAUAUUACCAAGUUUCUGAAGUUUUCUGGAUAUAUAGUCACGCAUGUGCAGACUUACAUCCAUGAAUUUGAUUACGCAGUCAAAAACUUGGGAGUAGAUCUAAGAGAUGGCGUACGACUAACUAAAGUCAUGGAAAUUAUUCUUCUUAAAGAAGAGUUAACAAAUAGUUUGAGGGUGCCAGCUAUAUCACGUUUACAAAAGGUGCAUAAUAUGAAGUUGGUGUUUGAUUCCUUAGAAAGUGCUGGUUAUAAGAUCUUGUACGACAUUUCACCCAAAGACAUAGUCGAUGGCCAUCGGGAGAAAACUAUGUCCUUCUUAUGGCAGAUUAUUUACAAGUUUGAGGCACCCCUCAUGGUCAAAUGUGCUAGUACUAUACAAACGUGGUUCAGAAGCCUUCCUGUUGUUCUGAAACGAAGAAAAUUACAGAGACUACAUCUCCAGAAAGAAAAUGCGGCUAGGAAAAUACAGAAUUGGUAUAGAAGGCAAAAAUUUGUAGCAAAAUUAGAAGAAUUUACCUAUUUCUUAACACACUACUUAAAUUUAAUUAAGUCAGAAAGAGCUGCUAUCAAAAUACAGUCCUACUACAGAAUGUAUAAGCAAAAAGAUGCUUACAAGAAACAAAUCAUGGCAGUAAAUGGAAUACAGAAGUACUGCAGGGGAUGGCUGAUCAGAAAUUUCUAUAAACAACGCAUAAAGAGUGCCGUCCUAAUCCAAAGUCACUUAAGAAUGUUCCUGGAAAGAACUAGAUAUCUAAGAAUUAAGAAAGCUGUACAAAUUAUACAAAGAUGGUAUAAAUCCAAGAAACAGGUGCAGCUUGAAGUGAACAAGUACCAAAAGCUAAAAACUACUGUCAUUUUUGUUCAGCAAAAAUGGAAAGCUAGAGUUUUAGCUAAAAGGGAAAAACUGCAAUACGAAAAACUAAAAUCAACUGUAAUAAAUGUGCAGAACAUUUUUAGAGCCAAUCGUUUAUGUAGAAUUGAGAGACAAAAGUACCAAGUGAUAAAAUCAAGUACAAUAUACAUACAACGCUGGUACAGGUCUAUUAAAGAGAUGAGAAUUCACAGAGAACAAUUUUUAGAACUAAAACGUAUCGUGAUUAUCGUUCAACAACGUUAUAUUGCUUUAAAAAUAAUGAAAAAGGAACAAACACAAUAUCAACAAAUAAAAAGUGCGUGCAUAACACUACAACAACAAUAUCGAGCUCAGAAACUAAUGAAAGCAACUAGGAUUCAAUAUCUACAAUUAAGAAAAGCUGCGAUUGUAUUCCAACAAAGAUAUAGAGCCAAAAAAUUAAUGCAAAAACAAAUACUGUAUUACAAGGCUUUACAAAAAGCUGUUCUAAUCGUUCAAGCACGUUAUAGAGCUAAAUUAGAGAUGCGAACUGCUAGUCAACAGUUUGUUACUAUUAAACAAGCGACUAUAAAAAUCCAAGUGUGGUAUAGGUCAAUUCUGUACAUGCGCAGAUGUCGCGAAUAUUACAGAUCUCUUCAAAGAGCCACUAAGAUACUCGAACAACGGUACAAAGCAAUAAUACUCAUGAGAAAGGAAAUGUCAAGGUAUCAGAGUAUAAAAACUGCCACUUUAGUAAUUCAACAUCGUUAUAGAGCUUUAAUAAAAAUGCGAACCUGUCAAGAUUAUUACAAUAGAUUAAAGUUGUCUACAAUAUUUAUACAAAGAAAAUAUAGAGCUAAUAAAGCUGCAAAAUCACAAAGAAGUUAUUACUUGCAGAUGAAAAACGCAGCUGUUACAUUACAAACGAGAUAUAGAGCCAAACGAGAGAUGGUUUCCUGUAGAACAUCAUUUAUAUCAAUAAGAAAAGCUGUGGUCGUUGUUCAAUUACGUUAUAGAGCCAAUCAGUUAACGAAAAAAACGCAACAAGAGUACCAACAGUUACUAAAAUAUACUGUAAUAAUACAGCGCAUGUGUAGAGCCAAACGCUUAAUGCUAAACGAAAAAAAUAAUUACUUGAAAUUAAGACAGUCAGUUGUUAAUAUUCAGUGUAGGUGGAGAGCAAGGAAGCUCGAAAAGGAACAAAAACAAGCAUAUCAAAGUCUAAGAAGAGCUGUGAUUAAUAUUCAACAAAAAUGGAGAGCAAUUAAGUUAGCUCGAGAAGAACAAAAGCAUUACGAAAUAUUACGUAGAACGGUAAUACUCAUUCAACAAAAAUGGAGAGCUAAAAGACUGUGUCGAUUCGAAAGAGAAAGAUAUUUACAUUUAAGACAAGCUGCUUUAACCGUCCAGGCGCAUUGGAGAGCAAGAAAAGUAGGACAUGUUGAGCGCCAUCACUUCAUCAACCUCAGGACUACUACUAUAGUUGUACAAAGAAGAUUUAGAGCAACGGUACAAGCCAAAAUAGAGAGAACGAGAUUUAAUACAGUACGAAAUGCCGUGAUAGUUCUUCAAUCAAGAUGGAGGGCUUAUAAACUAGCAAAAAUACAACAAGAAAAGUACAAAAUUCUACGAACAAAGACUAUUUUGAUACAACGACUUUGGAGAGCUAAGGUUGCAUGUGUAACAGUCAGACAUAACUAUUUGGAGCUACGAGAACAUGUUUCGAUAAUUCAACAAAGAUGGAGAGCUGUUUUAUUGUACAGAAAACUAUAUAGAGAGUACAGUAAAUUGAAAAAAGCAGCCAUUUUUAUACAGCAAAAAUGGAGAGGUAAAGUUGAAACUAGGAAUAUAAGAACAUAUUACGAAAAACUAAGAAAAGCUGUUAUUUUUGUACAAAAUAAAUGGAGAUCUAAAAGAUUAGCCAGAAGUGAUCGCAAAAGAUAUCUUCAGUUAAAAUGUACAACCGUUCUUAUACAAAGACGUUGGAGAUCCUUGAAAGUAACCAAAGAAGUCAAGGAAGUAUAUCAAAAAUACAAAAAAACUGUUAUUUUUGUUCAGAAACGUUGGAAGUCCAUUCAUUUAAUGAGAAUUGAAGUGCAACGAUACACUUUAUUAAAACGUAUUACAAUAUUAGUUCAGAGAAGAAUUAGAGCAAAUUUAGAAAUGACAAAACAAAGAAAACAGUAUUUAAUCACGAGAAACUCGGUUAUUACGAUUCAACGAUGGUACAGACGUUGUGUACAAGCUAGGAAAGAAAAGGAGGUAUAUUUAGCGAAGAUAAAAGCAGCUAAGGAAAUACAAAGGUAUGCCAGAGGGUAUUUGGUGAGACGGAAGUAUGCAGAUUACUUUACUCCAGAAGCCAGGGAGCACCGAAGAAUAGAAAAAGUUCAAAACGCAGCUGCUGUAAAAAUACAGUCUUACUGGAAAGGCUACAAGACGAGAAGUAUCGCAGAUCCUGCGAUGUCUAAAAUACGAGAAAGAUUCAUGAAAGCCAAUGCCACCGCUGUAGCUGAGAACACUUUACAAUUUAAAUGUAAUGCAGCUUUGCAAACGAUUGCAUUGGAAAAUUCUACAUUAUUCCAUAUCAACCACGCGCUUGAAGAUAUAGAUUAUGCUAUCAGAAGAUGCAAGAAGAUCUGUGUCUCACUAAGAAAUCUCUUGCCCGACCAACUCUACCUAAUGCUGAGUUCUACAGCGAGGUCUUUGCCCGAAAUGCACGCCUGCAUUUACUCUGUGAACAUUUUAAUAAGCUUCAACAAACUGAAAGAGACCAAAGACUACAGCUUCGUUCCGAGUUAUAUAGAAAAACUGAUAACGCUGAUGAUGAAUUGGUGCGAUAAAGAAUCGCAGCUAUUCCCGGCGCUGUGUACCCUAUUUUGGCUGUUUUCUCAUACUCCACGAUGGAGGAGAUUCAUUUUAGAUCUGCCCAAUAUCAAACAGAAAUUAGAGAAGAUCAAAGGAUUGGUGACGAGGAAAGCUAACAUGGUGAAGAAGCAAGUGACCAAAGGAUCCACUGUGUUCGCUAGUUAUAAAACCUUACCCACACCUUCGUUGUUGCCUGACUGGGGAUUAGAGUAUAAGAAGAAUCCAUUCGCCUUUACUAAUUCCGUACACGGACUGAAUUCGCUGAUGGCCAGUCUAUCAAUUUAAGAAGUGUUUCUAACAAGUAUUGUAUAUUUUUAAAAUGUUGAUGGAUUUUUAAAGUAUUGGUCUUUGUCUAUUAUAAUAGCGAAUAUAAAGCGAAUGGAUUAUUUCGCCUUUACUAAUUCCAUACAAUCCGACAAGCAAGAGCUGGCGGGUGACCUUAAUCGCGGAUGUCACAAAUGCGUGGUUGCCAUAUCAAAAAUUUAGUUGGUGAACUCAUAGCCGACAGCAAUAGGAAUGAGCGAUCCCUUCCACUUUUCAAUUUGUUCUACGCGCAACCCGCCAGCACUCACUUGUUGGAUACUACACGGAUUGAAUUCGCUGGUGGCCAUUUUAUCGAUUUAAGAAGAAACUGUUUCGAAUAUAUUAUACUAGUAUUGUAUAUUUUUAAAAUAAAGUUAUUAAGUGUU